CACACACACACUGAGACACACACGCGGAUCAUACGCAUCAAGAUGGCGGUGCAGGCAGCGGACAGCGACGGGAGAAACGUGGAGCUCGAGCACCUGAACCACGUCCUCAUCUCACCUGACAAGGACCUGUCCCGUGUCCUGACGGUGCCGUUCAGCGGCCGCAUCCGGGGGGGCAUGCGUCCCGGGAAGAAGAUCCUGGUGAUGGGGAUCGUGGACCAGGAGCCGGAGAGCUUUGACGUGAGCCUGACCUGCGGUCGGGACUCGGAGACGGACGAGGACGAGGCGCCGUGCGACGUGGCGUUGAAGCUCAGCGCCCGCUUCAGCGACCGCCAGUUCCUACGCAGCGCCCGCGUCUCUGGGAAGUGGACGGGCGAGGAAGUGUCCACUUCCUACUUCCCCUUCCUCCCGGAGCAGCCCUUCAGGGUGGAGAUCCACUGCGAGCACCAGCGCUUCCGGAUAUUCGUGGACGGACACUCGCUGUUUGACUUUUAUCACAAAGUGAAAUCUUUGCCCUCUAUCGACUCGGUGCGGAUACGAGGAGAUCUACAGAUCACCAAGCUCGGCUAA